AUGUUUGUCGAGGAGAUCAAAUUCUUUGAACUUGGUGAAAUUGCCUUUGGUAAAUUAAAAGCGGAUGAAGGUUUCGGCCAAGAGGAAGUUGAAAAACCACUGCCAGAGAAUCCAUUGCAACGUAAACUUUGGCUACUCUUUGAGCACCCGGAAAGCUCAAUGUCGGCCCGUUAUGUGGCCAUCAUUUCCGUUCUGGUGAUCAUUUUUUCCAUUGUGAUAUUUUGUCUGGAAACAAUGCCUCAAUUUAAACAUUACAAAAUUUUUACCCGAGGUAAUGCUACAAAGGUUGUGGAGGACGAAACCCCUUCCGUGACGGAACCAUUUUUUAUCAUAGAAACUGUCUGUAUAUUUUGGUUUACUCUUGAACUUAUCGUCCGUUUUUUAGCCUGCCCUUCAAAAAUUGAUUUCCUCCGGGAUAUAAUGAAUGCCAUCGAUUUUAUGGCGAUCGUUCCGUACUUUAUAACACUUGGAACUAUUUUUGCCGAGGAUAAGGAAAUGGAUAAAAGAAAGUUUAGCAGUGAGAAACAAAGCCAGGCCAUGUCACUGGCCAUUCUUCGGGUUAUCCGAUUGGUCCGUGUCUUCCGAAUAUUUAAACUUUCCCGGCAUUCGAAGGGUCUUCAGAUUCUUGGGAUGACCUUAAAAUCAUCUUUACGGGAAUUAGGUCUUCUAAUAUUUUUCUUGCUCAUUGGUAUAAUACUCUUCUCAUCGGCGGUCUAUUAUGCCGAAUCGGGAUCUGAAAGGUCCUAUUUUAAAUCCAUUCCUGAUGCAUUCUGGUGGGCCUUGGUUACGAUGACCACUGUAGGUUAUGGUGACAUGGUUCCACUUUCUUUCUGGGGUAAAAUUGUGGGCUCUCUAUGUGCCAUUGCCGGUGUUCUUACCCUUGCCCUUCCAGUUCCCGUUAUUGUUUCCAAUUUUACCUAUUUCUAUAAUCGUGAAAUGGUACAAGGUGAUUUAGAAUCAACAAAUGAAAAAUUCGUAAAGGGUUGUCCAUAUUAUUAUCUCGAGGGUCAUCAUGUUAAAUGGCGAGAAACCAUGGAAACGGAAACAAUUUCAUCCAAUUCAAGUUCAACUGUUGAUUUUAUCGGUCAAAGGGAAGACAGUGUUUAUAAAAGAGCCCAUGGUGGAUCAAUUGUCAGUAAAGGUGAUAAUAAUGAUAAUAAUAACGGUGGAAAUAGUUGUAAACGGAAACGGAAAGGAAAAGGUGAAAGUCGCAAAGAAUCACGUUGUAAAGCUGUUGAUUGUAAUGGCGAAGAGGAAGAUGAUGAGGAAGAUGAAGAUGAUAUCAAUGAAGUUACCAGGAAACUAAUCACAAGCAUGGAACAGAUUAAAUGAUCAAACUAAUCAUUAAAAUUAACGAAAACGAAAGCACAAUUUACAUUAAAGGGAAGAUAAUUAAAAGAAUCCAUAAUCAACAAAAAGGAAACAAAUGUGAAACCAGAAUUAUAACAAUUGAUGAUCAAGUAAUAAUACAAUUUAAAAGAAAAUUAAACAAUUCGACAAUAAAUCAACUAAUAGUUACCAUUGAAAAUUAAUUAACACAAAAAAUAUUGAUUGUGAGACCAAAUCCUUUUUCUGUAUAAAGAAAUCAAUGUCUCUUUUUUACUCUAAUCAUUAAUUUAUUUUUUCUUCCUCUCGAUUUAUUUGUUGAUCUUUUCCCUCGUUUUUUCAUUUUGAAUUUUCUUCUUUUUUCCUUUUUGUCUCUUUUUUUUUACCAAAAAUCAAUAAUUUGUCUUCUAACAGAUCAACUAAUUGUUUGGAAAUUAAUAAGCUUGUUACAAACAAUAACAAUUAAUCAAAUCUGUGAACUGAUUAAUUAGAAAACUAAAAAGAGAAUUAAUCAAAUUAAAAUUACCUCAAGUGUUCAUUUAUUUAAUCUCUCUCGCUCUC